UUAACAGUUUAGUUAAGAAUAAGUCAACUUAAAGUGUGAAGGCUUUCUUUUUAGUAAUUUUACGGAAGGAUAAAGUAAUUAUCUCUGGACAGUGGUUAUUUCAAACACGGCUGCCGGAGUUCUAGACGACGAAAGACGUCGUAAUGGGCGCUGCUUCAAUAUAGAACUUGAAACUAUUUUUACAGGGGUCGUGGGAUAAACAUGCCGACGACGCAAUCGACUAGAAAGUCGGUUAUGGAAGCCAUCGACCAUACGUUUUUACGACACCGUGUUUAUACACACGCAUUGACACCACUGGCUAAGCGUUUCUCACCAAAUCAAAAUCUAACGUCACUAGAAAAUAAUUUAUGCUAAACCUAACUUCAAAAGACCUUUCAAGCUAAGUACUGUACCUGUUUUAACCAUUUACCGUCCUGUAAAACAACCGUUGUUAAAAGGAUGUUUUGUGUUUUAACAGUUUAGAAAACUAAUUGUUUUGACACAGUUCAACCGUUUAAAACUAUCAGCAUUCUGGGUAGACUUUAGGAUCUCAGAAAAAUAAACAAUUCCACAGGAAUCUUUCGUUGAAAACAGUGCACUAUUAACAAGGACCAUUUCUGUUUUGGAAUGUUACAGUUCUAACUAGGAUUUCGCUCGAUCAAAUAAUUGUUUUAACAGGGACAUUUCAUGUUUUAAACAUAACUGCUGUACCUAAGACGAUUGUUGAUUUUUUUUUAAAGUUAGAUUUGAACAAGAACCCAUUGUGCUUAAUACUGUAUUAAAAUAGUGUUUUGUGCUUAAAACAUGUGAUGUUGAUGCAGAGUAUGUAGAUGAUGUCUUUUAACAUAUCGCCAUCAACUGAGGAGCCUGACAAAGAGGACAUUAAUCUCUUACGCACCCCUGUGCUGAUUCCUGUGGUGAUCAUCAUCCCGAUUCUCAUACUGACGACAGUGACAGGCAACCUCCUCGUCAUCAUCUCCUACCUGAGAGACAAGUCUCUGCAGACGAUCUACAACAUCUACAUCUUCAACCUCGCCAUCGCUGACAUGCUCAUUGGUUUUAACAGCAUGAGUUUGUACACCGCAUACACCAUCACAGGGUUUUAUUGGCCCCUGGGUCGGGCCAUGUGCAAGAUAUUUCUGUGCGUGGACUACACUCUCUGUCUGGAGACCGUCUUUCUGAUGAUCAUUCUCAGUCUGGAUCGCCUGAUCCUCAUCACAACUGGUGUUGACUACAACCAACGCGAGACUAGGAAAGUGGCGUACAUCAAGGUCACGGUCAGUUGGAUCUUUGCCUUUUCUCUUUACGGUCCUGCGAUCAUCGGCUGGAAUUACUGGGUAGGGAAAUCGGUCGUUGCAGAUGGCGAGUGUUUCGUCGAAUUUUACAAGAAUUUUGAAUACACACUAGCAACAGCUACCGUGGAAUUUGUUAUUCCCUUUGUGUCAAUCAUAGUGUUAAACACAUUAAUCUAUUUGAAAAUUCGAAAACGCAGCAUAUUAUCAGAUCGGCGAAAAUCGUCAACUCUCACAUCUGCUACAGACGUCCUUACCGGGGUAAUUUUGACCAGUGGUGACUGGAACAAUCCAGAUAGACCAACAGUGAACGGGAUCAAUCCAUAUUGCAUGCGUGUGAACAAUACAAGUAGUGUUGAUAGUAGUGGGAACAAUCCAGAUAGCGAUAGUGAGAACAAUCCACAUAGAACUGACGGCACCAUUCCUGGUAAUAUUGGUGGGAACAAUCCACAUAGAACUGACGUGAUCAUUCCAGGUAAUAUUGGUGGGGACAAUCCACAUAGAACUGACGGGAUCAUUUCUGGUAAUAUUGGUGGGGACAAUCCACAUAGAACUGACGGGACCAUUCCUGGUAAUAUUAGUGAGAACAAUCCACAUAGAACUGACGAGAUCAUUCCAGGUAAUAUUGGUGGGGACAAUCCACAUAGAACUGACGGGAUCAUUCCUGGUAAUAUUGGUGGGAACAAUCCACAGAGAACUGACGGGAUCAUUCCGACUAGUGUUGAUGCUGGAAAUUCAGAUUGUUUUGAUGGGACUAGUUUAGUUAGUGCUGAUACUAACAAUUCAAAUAGUGUUGAUGGGAGGAGCAGGUUCAUUAGUCUUAGGAGACAAAAUCACGAGAGAAAAGCGGCCAAGACUUUGUUGCUUUUGGUGACGGUGUUUGUUGUCAGUUGGACUCCUUACACAGUGGCCACCAUUGUGAUAACCCUCUGCGAUGCAUGCGUCGUCAGCUAUGCGUAUGUGUUUUUUGUCUGGCUGCUGUGGACAAAGUCAUGCGUCAAUCCGUUUUUGUACGCAUAUACAUCUGGUACAUUUCGUAAAAACUUCAAACAUUUGUUGUUGUGUCAUAGAAAGAAGUCAUGAGAACCGAACAUUUUAAUUGUUUAUACGCACCUAUGUACAUAUGGAAGUAUACUAAUAGUUCUAUUACAGUUAAAGAUCAUUUGUUUUAUUUAGGAAUAAUUUUUCGAUAUAACAGUAAGUUUAGUUUUUUCCAAAAACAUUUUGCAGAUCAAGGCCGUAAAGCAUUCUGGGAAGUAAAUUUUAAAUGUUUCUUUGCCUUUUUUUUUUUUUUUUUUUUUUUUUUACACAUUCACGGACGGA